AUGUCAGUCAACCACGCCAGCAUGACGACGCACCCGCCUCAGUCGUUGCCAUCCUUUGCACAGGCGUUUAGCAACCAAUCUCUGAGCAAUAUCUCAUCAGCGAACAGCGCUUUGCCGCCCAUCCAGGGCCAUAUCUCCAACAUGGACCGCGACAAAGCACGUCUCCAACAACGCUCGCCACCGACACGUCCCUUGUCCAGGCCUGCCAGCGAAGAGAGCAUAGCCCGAACUGCAGGUAGAAAGAGGCCUCAUAAUGAUAUCGUUUCCGCCUCUCGCGAAGACGAACGCUCGGAUUCCGACCGUGCAUCUCCCGCCGCGGCCGCAGUCCGCGUAAAGGAGGAGACCGACCAGGAGAUGCUCAAUCCUUCCCCUUCACCACCUGAAAGGCCUUCUGAGCAAAGACCGCCGCAGCAAGAUCCAAAUAUGCUUGGCGCGCCCCCACCGUCCAGCAUGAUGGCUUCGCCCGUCAAGAAGAGGCGCAUGACUAUCACCGGCGCUCCCCAUGCUCUCAAUACAGAUGUGCGCGUUCCACCAGACCAGACGAACUCGACUCCUAUCUCACCUGUUGUAAUGGGAUUCACGAUACAGCGGGAUAACCCAAAGGAGGUCGAACAGCUCAAAUCCAUGAUGAACGUGAAGCAAAAGCAAAAAGCUCUUAUCGAGCAAAGAAGGGGCAGCCACGGGGGUCCUGCAUUGGGAAACACUGCUCCGCCACCACCUGCGUCUGAAUCUGGCAACAAAGCCCCUCCACCAUCGUCGAUUUCCAUCAGAAACGCUCGCCGAAGUCCCAACGGGGGUGCUGGAACACGGCGACCCAUCGCACCUCAGCAGCCCAACGCUCCGAGGCCAACCAGUCCUAAUCCAUCUGUGUUCCAGAUGCAACAAGCUCAACUUGCCCCGCAUCAAUCGGCUCACACUCUUCCACCUCCUCCAAUCAGCUUCGCACGUCGACGCGCCGCGCAGUUGGGAACAAAAAAGAAACCAGCUGAUAUUGUCAUCAGUCCCAGGGAACAGCACUCGACGGAGCAGUUCCAGCCGUUUAUCCACAGCGCCCCUCCUACACAAGGUGCCUUUUACACUGGGAGGCAUACCAUGGCCCUUCCCCGUUUACCCAAUGUUAUGAACAGUGGCGGCGGCGAAAGCACCAGGCGGCUCGCGGGUAACGUCCCUCCUACUCCAACGCGGUUCUCUCAGCGAGUUGCCGCCUCGGCCAUUCCUCCAUCCAUCACCGUCUCCGAAAGCACACCACGUUCACCCAUGGCGUCCGUGCCCAUUGCAUCAAGUCUCGUGCCCCCAACACCCGCGUUCAAUCAAAGCGAGUUCAGUGGCGACAAGGCCGCGUUUCUGGCACCAUUCGGAUACUUCUAUGACGCUCUCAAUGAUGCGAAGCAGCUCAAAACCUGGCUUGGCGAACAACUCCAACGUUCCAAUUCGCUUUACCAGAGCCUUGCGCAGCAACGGGAUAAACUCGACGAGACGAUUGACGCCAUCGUGGAGAAGAAGCUAUCUGGGAUGUACAACGAGAUUACUGGUUUGAGGAGGAGAGUUGCCGAAUUGGAGGAAGCACUUCACGAGAGUCGGUCGGGACGCCAUUCGAGCGGCGAUCAUCCGCCUGUCUACCAUUCAAAGUCGCUUCAGAACGGCUAUCCCUCCUCAUCCGGCCUUCUUGCACCGGAUUCCUACACUUUCCCUCCCUCCGACCAUUCGCGUUUCCGAUCCGACCAGUCUUCGGGUCAAGUGCCUUCGCCUCGGGGCCAGGAGUCUCGAGGCGGCAGCCAGCAGCACCAGUCUGAGCAAGUUGAAUAUGAAGGUACUUCUGGCUCGUAUGAUUCCCGACGUCCUUCUGUCUCUGCCUCUCGUCUGGACCCUCCGCGAUCCCAUCCCCACGACUCGUCAUCAUUACCCUCAUUAGCCCCUCCUUCCCAGUCUCGCAUUUCUCGCCUUAUGCAAUCGCCACCACCCGUGUACCACGAUCAUGACAAGUCGUCGAGGUCGGAGGUGUCCCGACCUGCACCGAGUAGGCAGCCGUCAUACAAUGGGGUCCAGGAUAGAGAAAGGGAGCGAGAACGAGAGCGAGAACGCGAUUGGGACCGUGAAAGGGACCGUCGCGGCGAUAGCCCUCGAAGGGAAGACAGUCGAAGGAAUUCGGUCAUCAUGUCCACGCCGGACCACAGAAUGGAGGAUUGA